AUGCGCGAGCGGGUCACUGGUCGUUCUGAGUGCCGACCGAAGGCGGGGAAACGCAAAGCAUUCAUGCUGACCAUCAAUUGCCGCCUGGCCCUCGUCGCGUCCCCACAGCUGUGGCAGGCAUGCCAUGCGUGGGUGGAGGAUCGGCGGACGAUAUUCGGCAUCACCUACUGGAGCGCAGCCAUGGAGGAGUCCGUGCACUCAGCUGACAAUGGGCGCGUGCUCUUGCAUUGUUACUUCUAUUGGUCUGGUGGUGGCAGCAAGGGCGUGUGCCACAAGACUCUGGACGCGUGGGUCUUCAGGGGGGGAAGCCACGCGUGGCUCAGAGCACCGAGGGGCGAUGUCCGUGGUAUUGUGUGA